UGGCGGCGGCGUUGGUGGCGGCAGUGGACGGGGCGGCUGGGCCUGGAACAGUCGGAGCAGCCGCUGGCAGAAGGAUGACCCAAGACGGGAAGCGGGCUGCUGAGCCUCGCCGGCUCCCGUGCUUGUAACUGCCCCAGCCGGACACCCCCCCCUUGACCUACCCGGUCCGUGUCUCGUUCCGGCUCGGCCUGCCCCCCGUCUCCCUUGCCGUCCUUCAGUGAAUCUGCAGACCUAUUUUCUCAGGAGUUCAGCCUCGCCUUACUUCAGUGAUAAAAGGAGGAAAGGCUGGCUACAGCAAACAUCAUUAAAGAUGUCCAGCAAAGGGAGCAGCACAGAUGGCAAAACAGACUUAGCUAAUGGAAGCCUGUCGAGCAGUCCAGAGGAGAUGUCUGGAGCUGAAGAGGGAAGGGAAACAUCCUCAGGCAUUGAAGUAGAGGCCUCAGACCUGAGUUUAAGCUUGACUGGGGAUGAUGGUGGCCCCAAUCGCACCAGUACAGAAAGUCGAGGCACAGACACAGAAAGCUCAGGUGAAGAAAAGGACUCUGACAGCAUGGAGGACACUGGCCAUUAUUCCAUCAAUGAUGAAAACCGAGUUCAUGAUCGCUCAGAGGAAGAGGAAGAGGAAGAAGAGGAGGAAGAAGAACAACCUCGGCGCCGUGUACAGCGCAAGCGAGCUAACCGUGACCAGGACUCAUCAGAUGAUGAGCGGGCCUUGGAAGACUGGGUGUCCUCAGAGACAACAGCCCUGCCCCGACCUCGCUGGCAAGCCCUCCCUGCCCUUAGGGAACGGGAGCUGGGUUCAAGUGCCCGCUUUGUAUAUGAGGCCUGUGGGGCAAGAGUCUUUGUACAGAGGUUCCGCCUGCAGCAUGGGCUUGAGGGCCAUACCGGUUGUGUCAAUACCCUGCACUUUAACCAGCGCGGCACCUGGCUGGCCAGUGGCAGCGAUGACCUGAAGGUGGUGGUGUGGGAUUGGGUACGGCGGCAGCCAGUACUGGACUUCGAGAGUGGCCACAAAAGUAAUGUCUUCCAGGCCAAAUUCCUUCCCAACAGCGGUGAUUCUACCCUGGCGAUGUGUGCCCGGGAUGGGCAGGUUCGGGUAGCAGAACUGUCUGCCACACAGUGCUGCAAGAAUACAAAGCGUGUGGCCCAGCACAAGGGAGCAUCCCACAAGUUGGCCCUAGAACCAGACUCUCCCUGUACGUUCCUGUCUGCAGGGGAAGAUGCAGUUGUCUUCACUAUUGACCUGAGACAAGACCGGCCAGCUUCGAAACUGGUGGUGACAAAAGAGAAAGAGAAGAAAGUGGGGCUGUAUACAAUCUAUGUGAAUCCUGCCAAUACCCACCAGUUUGCAGUAGGUGGACGAGAUCAAUUUGUAAGGAUUUAUGACCAGAGGAAAAUUGAUGAAAAUGAGAAUAAUGGUGUACUCAAGAAAUUCUGUCCUCAUCACCUGGUGAACAGUGAGUCCAAAGCAAACAUCACCUGUCUUGUGUACAGCCACGACGGCACAGAGCUCCUGGCCAGUUAUAAUGAUGAAGACAUUUACCUCUUCAACUCCUCUCACAGUGAUGGGGCCCAGUAUGUUAAGAGAUAUAAGGGCCACAGAAAUAAUGCCACAGUAAAAGGUGUCAAUUUCUAUGGCCCCAAGAGCGAGUUUGUGGUCAGCGGUAGUGACUGCGGGCACAUCUUCCUUUGGGAAAAAUCAUCUUGCCAGAUCAUUCAGUUCAUGGAGGGGGACAAGGGAGGUGUGGUAAACUGUCUUGAGCCCCACCCUCACCUGCCAGUGCUGGCAACCAGUGGCCUAGACCAUGAUGUGAAGAUCUGGGCACCCACAGCUGAAGCUUCCACUGAGCUGACUGGUUUAAAGGAUGUGAUUAAGAAAAACAAGCGAGAGCGGGAUGAAGAUAGCUUACACCACACUGACCUGUUUGAUAGCCACAUGCUCUGGUUUCUUAUGCAUCACCUGAGACAGAGGCGCCAUCACCGGCGCUGGCGAGAACCUGGGGUUGGGGCCACAGACGCGGACUCUGACGAGUCUCCCAGCUCCUCAGACACAUCGGACGAGGAGGAGGGCCCUGACCGGGUGCAAUGCAUGCCAUCCUGAGGCCUCAUACCUAGGAGGGGCGGGCUGGGGCUGCCAACCCGAUCCUGCCUGGGCACCGCUUUCCUGUCCCAGGCCCUUAAAUUCAGCAGAAACGCACUUUGGACUUUUUGUUUAGAAGACAUCCCAGAAGGACAGACCAGAGGGAGAUUGAACCAACAGACAGCACCUAGGAGUGGGAGUUGAGCCCUGAAAUGGGGUUCGGUGGAGAGGCACAAAGGACUCAGCAGAAAUGGCCUCUCCCUGAAGCUUUUUUUUGGGGGGGGGUAGUGGGGGAGCCUGUUUUGUUAACUGGUUUAGGAUAGGGAAUGGGGCUUCUUUUAAUCUCCCUUGUUUCCUUUGUAGGGGGUGGGUGAGGGGAACAACUGGCUGUUCCGUACCAAGGGGCAGAGUGGAAAGUAGGAGUGCCACUCGCUCUUUGGUUUAGGUUUUUGACCUUUUUUUUCCUUUGUUUUUUAAAGUCUUAUGACAGUUUCAUUGUUUUCCCCCUGAGCAACCCUAUCCCAGGAUCCUGUUUUUCUGGGAAGUCCUUAGAGCCUUUAACCAUCCCACACUUCUCACUUUCCACCUCAUUCAUUCUCUGUACUUAUCACAGUGUUUUGCACUUGAUUAUGUAUCCUUCACUCUCUUCUCUUCAUCCCAUCACCCCCUAAAUAGGUCUGGUGAAGGAGAUUGGAGAGAGAUGGGAGGAGGGGCAGAGGUGGAAGAAUAGGAAGGAUAUUACCUCUUCUGUUAUUAUUAUUUUUUUUUAAGAAUUGUUUGGUGGCAGCAAUCUCCCUGUCCCUAUCACUGUUAGAGGCCUAAUUUUAUAUCUAUAAAUAUAUUAAAAAACAAGUCAAACUUGGAUGUAUCAAGUUAAAAUUAUUGUCAAAGUUUAAAUACCUAUAUAUUCUCUAUGAAUGCAAUAAAGGGACUUAAAGGAAGAAUGAGCAAGAGUAAUGAUGUCAAGAUGAUGACACCCACGGUCAACUUGCCCUUUGUGUAUGGCCAUUAAAGCCUGGGGCUUACUCUUAGGUUUUAGAAGACUCAAUGAAGGAAGGAUCCUCAAUUCUGCCCUUUCCUGCCUUGGUGUAGGGGUUGGGGAAAACAUUUUCUCUCAACUCUGCCUCAAAUCUCCUAACUCUCCUUAAGUCUCAGGGGAGCUCCCAGGAUGGGUCUUCAAAUCAGUCUGGCCUAUCCUUAAAACAUAACUGAACAUUAGGAAGGGCACUGCCACUGCCGACUCUCUCCUGAUCUUGUGUAUGACAGAAGAGGCAUACAUUUUCUUACCUUUAGCUUUGAUUCCUUAAGCCAUCCAGUUCUAUAGCAGCCCUUCCUCAUAAGAGAAUGAAGGGGAAAUUUCCUGGAUUUGACUUUAUACUUUGUCCACCACUUGUCAUUUUGGGAUUGAGGGACAAGAAAGACAGUAAUGUAACUAGGCACAGUGAUGCAUCCCAGUGAUUCAGGAGGCUGCGGCAGGAAAUAAAUUCAAGGCCAGCUUCAGUAAUUUAGUGAGACCCCAUCUCAAAAGAAAAAAAUAUAUAGGUCUGGGAUGUAGCUCAUUGCUAAAGCACCCUGGCUUCAAGCCCAGGAACCCCAAAAAAGAAAAAACAGGAUUGAUUCUGGUGGCUAGGGCUUGGACACCUUUCUUGUCACUGAGUAUGAAAAUCCUAUUUGAAUUCUUGCCCUUAAUGCUUUUGCUGCUAUUUUUCUGCCCCCAAUUUCCACAAGAUCCAUUUAGGAAUUCUGCAUCCUGGAACAGUUGGAUUCUACUAAACCAGGCCAUGAAGAGGGGAAAAGAGUAAGAGGAUGGUAGUCCCAGACAUUCCUUCCUCCUGCCCCUUUUCCUAGCGGCUCUCAGACUAGAUGUUAGCUAUUGCACUUUCUUCCUGCGAUAGCGAAUGUAUGGUGACUGAGUGGUCUGUCUCCCUAUUGCUUAGUAGAGUGAGAAGGUAGGACUGAAAACCAUGCACUCUGGAAUUUGUUGUAUUUUCUCAGUAAAGCUUUCCCCCACACUCCGA